CCAGGCGGCGCUCGCGCUCCAGGCAGCGUUCGCGCUCUGGGCGACGUUCGCGUACCAGGCGAUAUAGUGGAAGUAGAUCGAGAGGGCCUACUCCAAAAAGGAGAAAAUCGAAUAAAAUUGAUGCUGACUUAGAUACGAGGCUUAGCAAAUUAGAGCGUUUAAUGAAACAAUUAGUAAAUACAUCUGCUCAAGGCUCGGCGACGGUGGAAAAUAAGUCAAAGGGACAAAAAAAUAUAACCUCCGCCAUUGCAGUUACAGUAGACCCAACAAACGACUGCGCUUCGAUGUCAACGACGCCACCGAUAGCAAGGUCUACCCCAGAGCUUGGCGGCGUUGGCGCCGUGUUGUCGGCGGGCGAGCUGACGUCACCGGGGGCGCGCGGGGAGCGCUCCAUACCCCAGUCGCCGCUGCUACCGGUACCGGCCGCCUUCGUCCGGUGUGCGCCAAGAGAAGUUGGACCUGCCGCGGCCUCUUGCUCGAGAGCCAACUGCGGCGCUUCCACAGUUUGUACGUCGGAACAAGGUAAUCCGGGGACGAAUUACCAUCAGGAUGGUCGACUGUAGGAAGGUGAACUCCGGAGACUGUCGCCCCGCCAGCGCGGCUCCCCCUUCCCCCCAACGCCGCGCCCCGCAGACGCCGCAGCGCAAGAGUCGACUCGUCCAUUUGCCCCGCGGUCCGCCUCACGGCACGCACGUACCGUCGUCUAAGCCUCUGAGUUUACGAUUACGCAAAUAAAUAAUUUAGA